GUGCGAUUGCAUGCCGAAAUCUUUUCGCCUAUUGCUUUGCAUUACAUAUUCGAAUUCUAUGCAACGCGUCUCAAUACUAGUGAUCUAAUUUUUGUUAAUAACACUUUCUGUUUAAUUUUAGCUGUACGUCAAAGAGCUGUCGCAUGUAAAUUAGAUCAAGUUCAAAAGAAAAUUCUCAUCACUGGCGCAUUUCCACGUACAUUUGGUCGACCACAAUGGAUUAAUUUACGUGAUACACUGAUACAAUGGAAAUCUCAUCUUGGUACUGUACAAUCUAGUUUAAGUAUGAUGGUUCAAAAUGAAUCUGCCUAAAUACAUAAUCCAAUAAUAUAAAAAAAAGUGCUUUGUACCUUUUGGUUUUGAUGUGUUUUCUUUUGUUUGGUCACUUUUUUAUUUAUGAGGAUGGUUUUUGGUGGUUGUUGUUGUUAAUGUGAAAACAUAUUUUUUAAUUUAAAAAUGAUAAUCAUUCUUGUUAUAUUUGGUGGAUUCUGUGAAUAUGCUCUCGUUUGUCAUUCAUUCACUUAAUGUUUUUGUUAGUUGUGUUUUUUUAAGUAGUGGUAAAUCUCUGUCACGUCAGUUUCAUGUUAAAAGUAACAAGUUUCUUGGUGUUUACUUAAAUAUCUUUAAAUGUUAGUCACAUAGCCGAACUAACAAAUUCAUAAUGUUGACAUAAAAUGCGGAGUACCAGGUGGAAUGUCUGUUAGGUAUACGCUUCUGCCGUCUACCUCGAUGUCUACCGCCGGUUUGAAUAAGAACAGUUGUAAAUCAUGACAUGAGAUCGGCUCCUUAGAUCAUCAUUUAUUACUUUGUCCCGUUUUGGUAAGUACAAAGUUGCUUGUCUAACCACUAUGUAAUUGCAAUCAAUAGCCGGAUACAUCGAAACCGGUUAAAGUGGUGCAGAUACAUUCUUUGUUUACCUUCUAGAAUCUGAUUUCGAAUAAUAAUCCAUGCUUCUAUUCCCUAUAUUCGCUUGUUAUUCUCAGUGUUUAAUUUUAUUUACCAACAUUGUUAUUACUAUCAUUUCGAAAUAUCUGCUAUUCAUUUUGUUAACUUGUUCCUAUU